AGUAAUAACGUAACUUAUGUUCACCUGAAAAUAGAUAAUUAAAAAAAAAAUUAAAAAUAUUAGUUUAAGUGCAAAAAAGUAGCUUCGCAUCUGAACAGACGUCAAUAUGGUUCAAUUUAACUCCGAGAAGUCGAAUCAAUUUCGCAUUGUUACAUUGAACAAAACAGGAUACAAAAGUUUUGGAAUAUGCAUUGUUAGAGGAGAGGUUAAAGACUCACCCAACACAAAAACUUCGGGAAUAUUCAUCAAAGGAAUUGUUCCUGACAGUCCAGCACAUGUUUGUGGACAACUUAAGGUUGGUGAUCGUAUUAUGACUUUAAAUAAUAAGGAUAUAAAAAAUGCAACAGAACAAGCUGUAAUAGAGCUUAUUAAAGAAGCUGGUAUAACAAUAAAUAUGGAAAUACAAACAUUUGAUAAGGAUGAAGAAAAGACGCAAGAUGGAUUUGAAAAUGGUUUUAUUCAAUCAAAACAAAAACAUUUUACUGACCAACCCAGCAAACAAUCCAUGAAACAACCUCAAAUAAGUAAAAUUGAAAGUACAGAGAAAAGACCACCAUUCACGGCAUCAAUACGUAUCAAAAAUUUUACGAAUGUAGAUGACGAUGAGGAUACAAGAGACAUGACUGGUCGUAUACGUACUGAAGCUGGAUACGAAAUUGAUCGUGCAUCGGCUGGAAAUUGCAAGCUAAAUAAACAAGAAAAAGAACGAGAUAAAGAACAAGAGGAUGAAUUUGGAUAUACGAUGGCUAAAAUCAACAAAAGAUAUAAUUUAAUGAAGGAUGUUCGAAGAAUUGAAGUGCAGAGGACAUCAUGUUCUCCAUUGGGUAUUGCUCUUGCAGGACAUAAAGAUCGUCAAAGGAUGUCAUGUUUUGUUGCUGGCGUAAAUCCGACGGGUAUUAUGGCGACAGUGGAUAUAAAACCAUGUGAUGAGAUACUUGAAGUAAAUGGAAAUGUUUUACAAAAUCGUUGUCAUUUAAAUGCAUCCGUAGUUUUUCAAAAUAUUGAUGGUGAAAAGCUUGUUCUCAUUACUUCUCGACGAAAAACUACUGACGAAGGUCUAUCUGUCAAACCUAUUAAAAAAUUUCCGGCUGUAGUAGAUGACACCCGGUUUGUAUUUGAACAAUUCCCUAAAGCACGAUCAGUUCAAGUUAAGAAGGAAGGAUUUCUAGGCAUAAUGAUCAUUUAUGGCAAACAUGCCGAUGUGGGUAACGGUAUAUUUGUUUCCGAUUUACGCGAAGAAUCAAAUGCUAUGUUGGCUGGAAUAAAAGUAGGAGAUUUACUUCUUGCAGUUAAUAAAGAUGUAACUCUAGAAAGCAGUUAUGAUGAGGCUGUUGCGUUAAUUAAACGAGCAGAAGGGAUUGUUACCUUAAUAGUUAUGAGUCUAAAGAAUGAUGAAACUUUACGUGCCGAAAAAGAAGUUGAAGAAAAGCAGAAAACGGAAGCUGCAAAGGUGGAACCUGAGAAACCACAAGAACCCGCAACUGCAGAUGUACAAAUGAAUAAGAAAACAAUAAUUGAAGUAAAAAUUGAGAAAAAACCGCUAGGAGUUAUAGUUGUUGGCGGAAAGAACAACUAUGUCAAGACUGGAUGUGUAAUUACCCAUAUUUAUCCAGAAGGAGCAAUCGCUGCUGACAAACGCUUAAAAGUUUUCGAUCAUAUUCUAGAAGUGAAUAGUGUUCAAGUAAAUUGUGCCGAAAUGACAACAUUAAAAGUACACCAACUUUUUCAUACCAAAUACGAUAAUACUGUAACAUUUCAAGUAUAUCGUGCCGAUCCACCGGAAUUUGAAAAAUUCAAUAUUGACUUUUUAAAAAAACCUGGUAAAGAGUUUGGUCUUUCACUGACAGAAAAUGAACGCGGGUGCACGAUUUCUGAAUUAACUCCAACAGGUUACGCGGAAAUCGAUAAUAAAUUGCAACGGGGUGAUAUAAUUACAAAAUUCAAUGGUGAAAAUUUAGAUGCUUGCUCUUUUCCUGAAUGCUAUGCAUUGAUUAAGGCAUCGAGUGGAAAAAUUAGUAUGGAAAUUACUCGUCCAAAACCUGCAUGCCGCACUGAAGCUUCAAAGACAUAAGUUUUGUAGAAAAAACUUAGAGAUGCACUAUUAUGUUGAAUUAUUAUUUUUAUUUAUUGUUCGUAACGUUUUUCGAAACCAAUUAUAUAUGAAAACUAUAUGAAAAUUUAGAGCUAAUGGUGUCAAUUUUUAUAAUAUUUUAUUUUCUUAAACGCUAUAUUAUCAAAGCACGUGUUAGCAUAAAUUCACAGCCUAACACAUCCGCUUUUUUAUGUAUAUUAAAUUUAUGUUUUAAACAUUUUUAUGUAAUAUGAAAUAAUAUCUCCAAUAAAUCAAAUAACAUUAUUAAGAGCAACGAAAAUAAGGGUCAAAGAAAAUAACUGUAAUUGAAUAUAGUAAUUUUAGGUUUCAAAUUAAUUGUAUAUAUACAAAAUCUGUUGUUAUAAUGAUAAGUGAAAUUUAAAUAAAAUAAUUACAA